GGGACAAAGGGCGGGGCUGGGCUGGCUGUGGUGUACUGUGACAUCCAUGGCAUCAUGGGGCCAUGUCACAAUGGGGGCAGCUAUACGAGGCCCCAGCAGGUAACGCUGGCCCUGUAUUGCUUGGGCAAGCGGUGAGUGCACACGUGGCAGGGAGGCCGGCCUGGGGUCAAGGGCCGGGGCAGAAACGCUGUGCCCAGGGCUGGCUUUUCCCCCUGCAUCCAGCAACAGCCCUUCGUGGCAGAGCCUUGGGCAGGACACCGUGCUGCUGCUGCUGCUGCUGCUGCUGCUCGGGCAGCAGGACAGGCCUGGCCGCUUGCCAGCUCCCUGGGGUCCUGUCCUUCCUGCUCCCAGAUCCCUGGGAUUCCCGUCCCUGGCUGCCCCCAGUGCCCGCUGCCUCCCUCACAGCCCCUCUCAAAGGCCUUCUCUCCAUCCUCCUGCAGACCAUGGAUACCUGGGUAUUGUGGUUCUUGCUCUUGCAAAGUGUAGUCCAGUACCCACAGCCCGCGGGCGAUGGCUCGGACGAGGUGACGCGUCUGCGAAUGGAGGGGCGUGCCAAGCUCCAGGAAGAGGAGAAGAUUCGUCUGGAGCGGGAGGUGGAGCAGCUGGCCCUGAAGCAGGGUGUCUGGGCCUGGGGAGACCUGCUCUGCUCUGCCUGGCAGCACUGGCAGGUCUGGACCCUUGCUGGGCUCCUGCUCCUUCUCUUGGCACUGUGGUGUAUCUGGAGGAAAAGGAGCCUGAGGAGAGAGGAGCAUGAAGAAGGACAUGAUGGUGUAAAUGAAGAGGAAGUGGACAACGUGGAUGCAUAUGAAGAAGAUGUUGGAAAUGAGGAAGAAGGAGACAGUGACAUGGAUGGGGAGGAAAACGACAGUGAUGAUGGCCAUGCACAGGAAGCCGACAACGCUGCUGCAAAUGAAGGACGUGAUGCUGCAAAUGAAGUUGGCAACGAGGCUGCAAAUGCAGCGAACAUCAAUGAUGUUGGAAAUGAAGCGGAAAGAUACCGCGAUCGUGCCGAUAACUUUGGAAGAAUCAUAAUGGAGCGCAUACAGUGGCCUGUGCAGGACCUGCAGGAAGGAUGCACCUGGACAAGAACCCUGAUGGAGCAUUUUGCAGUUUACUUUCGACGGGUCUUGUCCAACAGUUUCUAUCCGGUGCUGCAAGGAGCUAUCGGGGUGGGCAGUGCCUUUGAAGGUUGGAGUCCCCGGGAGCAGGAUGUUGUGUACCAGGUGCUCAUACCCAUGACACCUCCCCGAGGGCACAGCUUCCACCUAGAGCUGGGCACUGCAGGGCAGAGGCGCUUGAGGAACUUCCACAUCCGCGUGCAGCAGGAGUGCACCUGCACGAGGGAGCAGCGGGUUGAGAACAUGCUGUGCUUCCUGCACCACCCUGAGGAGGAGCUGAGGAGGUAUCAGGCUCCCAGCCUCCUUCAUACCCUGUGCACGGGCUCCUACCUGGACGUGGAGAAAACUGCCCGCUGGUUCUACCAGCUGGUGAGAGCAAUCUGGCCGGCUUUGCUUCAGUCACACCAUUGGCAUUUAGUGCUGCUGCCCUCCAGACGCUCCUGCCAGUUCAAGGUGACCAACGGCAGAGAAAGCUACCGGAUUGAGAUGCUGUUUGGGGUGCGGCAAGGCAACUCAGACGUCUUUGUAAGCAGUCAGCCUAGGCAAGCCCACACCUCAAGCACAAUCUGGCCGGAGAGCUACGCCGUGGCCGAGAUGAAGUUCUUCAGGUACAUCGCCAGGCGGGCUCCCCCUGACAGCUUGCACCUGAAAUGCCUGCAGUUCUUCACUCGUCUGCAGCUGGGCUUAGGCUUCUCCACCUAUACCAUCAAGACCAUUGUCAUGCACCUGCUGAGCGUCUUACCCGUGUCCCAGUGGCGCAGGAGACAUUUUGUGAGGCGCCUGAUGGAUAUCAGCGAGAGCCUGCGCACGUGUGUGGAAAUGAGAAGCCUCAAUCACUUCAUUGUGGGCAACCAGAGGCUUCCGGAGGGCAUCAGCUUGCCCCCAGAGGUCCUAAUGGCCGGGUCAUGCAAUCUCUUCCAUGAGCUGGUGAUGGAUCCCGUUGCCCACUCCCAGGCAAUGAGCCAGUACGUGGAUCUGCACCAUUGGUUCAAACGGAUCCUUAAAAACGAGCAGUGA